AGUACACGUCAAUUCAUCGGUGUUGGUCGGUGUACAAAUGAAACCAGAUGAUUGCGGAUGAUACAAUUGUGCAAAAAUUUUUCUUAAACGUUAUUGACAAGUAUUACAAUUAAAAUCUCAUCUAUACAGACACUAUGGAAACGUUGUAUCAUCAAACUAAUAAAUUGAUACAAGAAACACAACAUCUCUUUUCGCAACUGGAGAGAAAAUCAUCUAAUAUAGAUCUGCAGGAAGUAAAGGAGACUAUAGAAAGCAAGCUCAAUCUUAUCAACAGCAAUUGCGAGCGACUCGAUGUGUUAUGUCUCAAAGGACCUGUGUCGCAGAGGCAGAAUGCCAGAAUGAGAGUCGAUCAGUUGAAGUAUGACAGCCGUCACCUUGCCGCUGCCUUAAAUUCAUUAUGCACCCGUAUGAUACAGAGACAAAGAGAAGAAGCAGAGAGAGAAGCUUUGCUAGCUAAAAAAUUCACUAGCAAUGAUCAUGUGGAUAUUUUAAUUGAUCAUACUGUACAACAUAAUAACAGCAUGCACAAUGCCAUUCAUGGCGUAGACGAUCUGUUACAGCAGGGAAGCAGUGUCUUGGAUAAUUUAAGAUCUCAGAGAAUAACAUUAAAAGGAGCUCACAAACGUUUGAUAGAUAUUGGUAAUACUUUAGGUCUUUCCAAUACUACUAUGAGACUCAUAGAACAAAGAACCAAACAAGAUGGAUUUAUUUUAAUUGCUGGUAUGACUUUCACGUGUGUAGUUAUUAUUUUAGUAGUAGUAUACCUUACUUAAAUACACAUUCCAAAAAUUAUUCAAUA